AUGUCUUCUUCAGUUGCAUCUGCUCCCGUUUCUCUUCACCCUGCCCUGUCACGCCACUCGGAAAGAGCUAGCUCAGGAAGAAGCUCGCCGGCACAGCGAAACCAGGGUGGUCGCACACGCGAGCAGAUCCUUUGGCAACUUCACGGCCAAAAUGUCCGCAUUCCAGAUCUUGGAAAGAUGAUGGCAGACUGGCCGAGAGACCAGAGCAUGCACCUGGAGGCGGUGAACUCCAAGAUUUUGCAAAUCAUCGAAACCCACGCUGUGAACGACACUGUUCGAAUGCGCCUCACCAAGGCUAUGCUUUCGUCGCAGUUGACCGGGUGGUAUCCGUAUGCUUCUUGCGACAAGAUCGAGGCCCUCACCUCGUUCCAGGCCUGGAUGUUCAUCAUCGACGACAUGCUCGACCAGUACUCCCUCGUUCACAAGUUUGACUUUGCGGCACUACACGUUAUGUUGGCCGACUGCCGAGACUUCGUCGAGCGCAGCCUUGGUGUCACUACUACUGGCGAGAGCGCUCCUGUUAAGUACCGCGACCACGAUGCUGUGGUCUCCUUCGAGGAGUAUGCCCAAGCCGUCUGCAAAUCAUACAGCGACAACUACCCUUACCGCUUGCGAAUCGCCAAGGAAGCCAUCGCCACCCUCGACGGCUACCGUCAAGAGGCGCUGAACCGCUACGCUGGCCGUGUACCCACUCUCGAAGAGUAUCUCGGCUACCGCGAGGCGUCCUCGUGCAUCAUGCAGGUUGCAGUUAAUCUCGAGUUCGCCAACGGCAUUAGUCUACCCGAAGAAGUAAUGAUGUGCGAGGAGAUGCGAGAGCUCUACCGUGCAGCAGUUGCAGUUGUCUGGGUUGUCAACGACAUCGUCAGCAUGCGCAAGGAGAUCAAGGAAGGCUUUGUCGAGAACCUCGUUGUCCUCCUCGCUCACGGAAACGUGCAAAAGGGGCUCGACGGGGCUGUGGCCAGACUCGAACACGAGGUCGCCGCUGUCAACGAGGCCUCCGAGGCCGCCAUCCGCCGUUUCGCUGACACGCCCUACAAGUAUCAUGUGUCCCUGCUGGCCAGGAACUGCAAGAAUAUGUGCAUGGCGAACUGGCUCUGGAGCAUGAGAACUCCCCGAUACUGCUUGUGGGAUAUUAAACCAGACGCCGAGGGCGGAUACACCUUCACCGUCGACGCCGAGCCUGAAGAGUCCUAG